AUGUUGGUUGCGCGACCAUUAGUCCCCCGAAUCUUGAAGCCCCAGACGAUUUAUUCAUCUUGCGUACCUGUCAGACGCGCGAUUCUUCAGGCAGCAGCCAUGUCCACCAUUUCUGAAGCCAUCACCAAGGACCACCGGGAGCUGGAGGUGUACUACAAUGAGGUAAUCAAUAAUGCGAGCAACCACGAUCACCAGCAGCGCUACGGCAACCAGUUCGUCUGGGAACUCGCUCGACACUCUGUUGCCGAGGAACUGGUUGUGUACCCUGCCUUUGAAAAGUACCUCGGCGUCAAAGGAAAGGAGAUGGCCGAGUCUGAUCGUAAGGAGCAUCACGCGGUGAAGGAAUUGCUGAAGCAGUUUCAGCAGAUGAGCGCGUCGGAUCCAAACUAUGUUCCGCAGCUCAAGAAGCUGUGGGGUCCCCUGUCUCAGCACAUGAAGGAGGAAGAGGAGCGUGAUCUGCCUGCUCUUGAACAGAGGCUUCAAGCCGAGCAUGGCGAAUCCGAGAGCAUGGCCAGGUCGUUGGGCCGUACCAAGCAGUUUGUCCCAACUCGCAGCCACCCCAGUGCCGGCGAGCAUCCGCCGUUCGAGACUGCCAUGGGCUUGCUCACCGCGCCCUUUGACCGCAUCUCUGACAUGUUCCGCAAGUUUCCUGAAGAGAAGAAGUCUACUCUUUGA